AUGAAGGAUAAGUCUAAAACGGCCGCCCGGACCCGGAGGGAGAAGGAAAAUGCGGAAUUUUACGAAUUGGCCAAGAUGUUGCCCUUGCCCUCCGCCAUCACGAGUCAGCUUGACAAAGCGUCAAUCAUACGACUGUCCACGAGCUACCUCAAGAUGCGGACAGUUUUUCCUGACGGUCUUGGUGAUGGCUGGGGACAAAGACAAAUGGGACACAGAACAAGGCUCGACAAGGAAUUGGGCUCACACCUGUUACAGACGUUGGAUGGAUUUAUUUUCGUUGUCGCACCAGACGGUAAAAUUUUGUACAUAUCAGAGACAGCGUCAGUACAUCUGGGACUAUCACAGGUGGAGCUGACAGGAAGUAGUGUAUUCGAGUACAUCCAUCCGUCCGACCACGACGAAAUGACCGCCGUCCUGUCCCUUCAUAAUCCCUACCACUCACACUUGUUACAAGAUAUUGAAAUAGAGAGAGUUUUCUUUAUACGCAUGAAAUGUGUUCUAGCUAAACGGAAUUCUGGACUAACAAAUGGUGGCUACAAGGUAAUACACUGUAGUGGCUAUAUGAAGAUUAAACAAUACACUAUGGACAUGGCACCGUAUGAAGGCUGUUUUCAAAACAUGGGUUUGGUUGCCGUUGGACACUCGCUUCCACCCAGCGCCAUAACAGAAAUCAAAAUGUUCAGUAACAUGUUCAUGUUCAGAGCAAGCCUCGAUCUCAAACUUAUUUUCCUCGAUGCUAGAGUUGGACAAUUAACAGGGUACGAACCACAGGACUUGAUAGAACGCACCCUGUAUCAUUACAUCCAUGCCUGUGAUAUUAUGCCUAUGAGAUUUGCUCACACCACCCUGCUGUUAAAGGGUCAGGUGACCACAAAGUAUUACAGGUUUCUGACUAAAGAUGGUGGCUGGAUUUGGAUACAAAGUCACGCAACAAUAGUCCACAACAGUCGGUCCUCCCGUCCGCACUGUAUCGUCAGUGUCAAUUACGUCCUCAGUGAUUUUGAAGCGCGAGGACUUCAGAUACAGCUGGAGCAAACCAUCACGAAAGAACCAUCGCCUUUCUCCAAUAUAUCAAACAGAUCAACGAGCAAGCUUCGCUCAUCCAAGUCGAAAUCUAGACGAUCUCCAUACCCACAUAUUGCUGAAAAUCCAGAGUACAAUCACGCCGACAUGGGUGUGGAGAGAUCACCAUUGGAUUUUAUGUCUGAUCCCGCCACCCAGGAACUGUUGUGUGCUAACAGCGCUCCCCAGUCAGUAUUAGAAUGUGGAGACAAAUUAGCCAACAUGUACUCUCCUCAGUACCCGCAGGGAAUGAUUCCUGAUAUCUACCAGUUGCAAGCCCAACAGAGAUACCUGGACGAGAGACUCCAAUACCGCGAAAACGAAGAGGAGAAAUUUUAUCCGAUGAGGAACCUUGAGGCAUAUCCCGGAUAUAUCGCUCCUCACAAUGGGCAUUGUAGCCCUCGUCUUACCCAUAUCGAUCACCACGAACGGCAAACAAUGUCACCACAGUUUGAUUACAGGACAUCCGGUCCGUGUUCGCGAAGUAGUUCCCGUGACACUACCUUCGGAACUCCUCAGGGAUAUACCUGUCCUUUUAGCAAUAGGUCUGAAUCAUCCGCGUCUGAUGUUGACGUAGUUAGUGACGAAUACGAGAAACAGCAUCAGCCUCGAACUGAUAACCUCCAAGUGAAAUUUGAUAAUAUUUUGGAAACAAAUAGUUUGAAUAUAAAAGAGGAAUCAUACAAGUCGCCAUCCCGGUUGGGUGAACAGACGAAAAUUGUGUCUCCUCUACGUGAUAAUCUUCAACAAUCAGUGAUCAUGCUACGACCGUCCAGAUCUUUGUACCCGUCAGACACGCUAUCGGUGAGGAGCGGGGAGGACUGCUGUCAGUCAGUCACGGAACGUCCUCAAAGCGCAGAUAAACUGUCUGGUCAAGCAGACUUCUCCAAGUGUGCUACCGAGUCUACACACUCGGAAGACAUUUAUGUACAGGACGGUAUCGUAGAUAACGACAAAAUCAUGGACGUUCGAAUGAUGCACGACAAAAAUUUUUAUACGCAAUGUCUUCGUGCUGCAUGUGCUUAUGACAAUUACAAUCAAACUAAUGUGAACCAUACGGCGACAGCCUCCAGUCCUAGGCCAUACACGGUGGGGCCCCAGGCAGGGUACACUAGCGUUAUAGUGGACACUCAGCAAUACCACCUGGCUAAUGGUUACGUACACUGA